AAAGAGAUAGAGAAUCAAAGAAGCAGGAGAAAUUCAGAGAGGACGCAGGGAGUAGUAAAGAUCGCCAUUGUCAGAAGCCGGCAGGAGCAGAAACUAAGGAAAACUAGAUAAAGGGACCUGGAGUGGAUACAUCAUUAGCGACUGAUAGACUAUUUCGUGCGUGUGCCAAGGGUAGCCAAGCAUCAGACAGAGAAACUCAGACCAUGGAGGAGAUAGUAAUAGCUGGAAUUUCAGGCCGACUGCCUGAGUCUAACAACCUGGAGGAGUUUUGGGAGAACCUCUUCAAUGGUGUGGACAUGGUGACCGAGGAUGACAGGAGGUGGAAGCCAGGUUUGUACGGCUUGCCCCGGCGAAACGGAAAACUGAAGGAGAUCAAUAAAUUUGAUGCCUCUUUUUUUGGAGUUCACCCUAAGCAAGCCCACACCAUGGACCCCCAGCUCAGAAUCAUGUUAGAGGUCGCAUAUGAAGCCAUUGUAGAUGGAGGUAUAAACCCGGUGUCCAUGCGUGGUUCUAAGACGGGAGUGUACAUUGGCGUCAGUGGUACAGAAGCUGGAGAGGCUUUCAGCCGUGACCCAGAGGAGCUUUUGGGGUACAGCAUGACAGGCUGCCAGCGCGCCAUGUUCGCCAACCGACUUUCGUACUUCUUCGACUUCAACGGCCCCAGCACUUCCAUCGACACGGCCUGCUCCUCAAGCCUGCUGGCCCUGGAGAACGCCUUCAAUGCCAUCCGACAUGGACAAUGCGACGCUGCCCUGGUGGGCGGGGUCAACCUGCUGCUCAAGCCAAACACCUCUGUGCAGUUCAUGAAACUGGGCAUGCUCAGUCCCAAUGGCACCUGCAAGUCUUUUGACUCCUCAGGUGACGGGUACUGUCGCUCAGAGGCAGCCGUGGCUGUGCUGCUGACCAGGAGGUCUAUGGCAAGGAGAGUAUACGCCACAGUCCUCAACGCUGGCAACAACACAGACGGCUACAAGGAACAAGGUGUGACCUUCCCUUCAGGAGAGAUGCAGCAGCGUCUGGUACGCUCUCUCUACCAGGAGGCCAACAUCUCUUCUGAGCAAGUCGAGUACAUUGAGGCCCACGGCACAGGCACCAAGGUCGGUGACCCUCAGGAAGUGAAUGGCAUUGUCAGCGUCUUCUGCGAGUCCAGGCAGGAACCUCUUCUGAUUGGCUCCACCAAAUCCAACAUGGGCCACCCUGAGCCAGCAUCUGGCCUGGCUGCUCUCGCCAAGGUUGUCCUGUCCAUGGAGCAUGGCGUGUGGGCCCCCAACAUCCACUACAAAGACCCCAACCCCGACAUCCCCGCGCUGACGGACGGCAGGCUGCGGGUGGUCUCCGAGCCCCUCCCCGUAAAGGGCGGCAUCGUCGGCAUCAACUCCUUCGGCUUUGGGGGCUCCAACGUGCACAUCAUCCUGCGACCCCCCGGGCUCCCGGGUCCACCCCCCACGCCCCAGGAGGCCCCUGCUGUGCCCAGGCUCCUGCAGGUGUGCGGGCGCACGGAGGAGGCUGUUCGAGAGCUCAUGCAGACUGCUAAGGACAACAGCGCCAACGACAGCUUCCUGAGCGUGCUCAACGAGGUGUCGGGCAUGCCCACCGCAGCGAUGCCUUACCGGGGCUACUCUCUGAUUGGCAGCCCUUCGGACGUGUCAGAGGUCGAGCAGGCGCAGGCCACGCCCAGACCUAUCUGGUACAUUUGCUCAGGGAUGGGCACGCAGUGGGCGGGCAUGGGCCGCAGCCUCAUGCAGCUGCAGGGGUUCCGGGAGUCCAUCCUGCGCUCGGACACGGCGCUCCAGGACACCGGCCUCUGCGUGUCGCGCCUCCUGAUGGAGGCCGACGAGAGCACCUUCGAGGACACCGUGCACGCCUUCGUGGGCCUGGCCGCCAUCCAGAUCGCUCAGAUCGACCUGCUCCAGACCAUGGGCCUGCAGCCGGACGGCAUUGUGGGCCACUCGGUGGGCGAGCUGGCUUGCGGCUAUGCCGACGGCUCCCUCAGUCACCACGAGGCCAUCCUGGCGGCCUACUGGAGAGGGCGGAGCAUCAAAGAGGCCAACCUGCCCCCUGGGGGUAUGGCUGCAGUAGGCCUGACAUGGGAGGAGUGCAAGGCCCAGUGCCCACAGGGAGUGGUGCCAGCGUGCCACAACGCUGAGGACACCGUCACCAUCUCCGGCCCACAGGAGUCUGUCAGCCAGUUUGUGGCGCACCUCAAGGAGACUGGAGUGUUUGCCAAGGAAGUGCGCAGUGCAGGUGUGGCCUUCCACUCUUACUACAUGGCCUCAAUCGCCCCGGCCCUGCUGGCUGCGCUCAAGAGGGUGAUAAAGAACCCAAAGCCCAGGACCGCCCGCUGGAUUAGCACCUCCAUCCAGCAGACGGAGUGGGAGAGCCCCCUGGCGCUCUACUCCUCUGCAGAGUACCACGUGAACAACCUGGUGAGCCCCGUGCUGUUCCAGGAGGGCCUGAGCCUGGUGCCCGACAACGCCGUGGUGGUGGAGAUCGCCCCACACGCCCUGCUGCAGGCGAUCCUGAAGCGCAGCCUGAAGCCCACCUGCUCCAUCCUGCCCCUGAUGAAGAGGGGACAUGCCAACAACCUGGAGUUCUUCCUCUCCCACAUCGGCAAGGUCUACAUGCACGGGAUAAACGUGGACAGCAACAAGCUAUAUGCUCCUGUAAGUUACCCAGUUCCCGUCGGCACCCCUCUGAUCUCCCCCCACAUCGGCUGGGACCACUCACAGGACUGGGACGUCCCACGCCCCGAGGACUUCCCCACCGGGUCUGGGGGCUCCUCCUCCGCAACAGUCUACAACAUCGACGUGAACCCCGAGUCACCGGACUACUACAUGACGGGACACUGCAUCGACGGGCGAGUGCUGUACCCGGCCACCGGCUACCUGGUGCUGGCCUGGAGGACCCUGCUGCGGAGCCUGGGGGCUGUGAUGGAGCAGACCCCCGUCAUCUUCGAGGACGUCACCAUCCACCGCGCCACCAUCCUGCCAAAGACCGGCUCGGUCCAGCUGGAGGUCCGCCUCAUGCCCGCGACCAACAAAUUUGAGGUGUCGGAGAAUGGCAACCUCACGGUCAGCGGCAAAGUCAGCGUGCUGGAGGACAAGGCCAUGGACACCUUCCUCUCUCAGAUGAGCCAGCCCGUGGACGGGCCCGAGGAGAGCGACCCGAAAAUGCGCCUGACGGCCAGCGACAUCUACAAAGAGCUGCGUCUGAGGGGCUACGACUACGGCAAAACCUUCCAGGGCAUCCUGGAGUCCAACAAUGCGGGGGACCGUGGCAAGCUGGAGUGGAGCGAUAACUGGGUGACCUUCCUGGACACCAUGCUGCAGAUGAUGGUGGUGGGCCUGGCGGGCCGCAGCCUGCGUCUGCCCACCCGCAUCCGCUCCGUCUGCGUGGACCCCGCGCUGCACGCCGAGAGGGUGCAGGACUACGCCGAGGGCAAGAGAGCUGUGAGCGUGCAGGUGAACCGCUGCCUGGACAGCAUGGAGGCGGGGGGAGUCCAGAUCUGCGGCCUCCACGCCACGGUGGCGCCGCGGCGCCAGCAGCAGCAGAGCCCGCCCACGCUGGAGGAGUUCGUGUUCGUGCCGUUCGCUGACGACGAGUGCCUGAGGAGCAGCGAGAAGCUGGCGGAUCAGCUGAGGCACUGCAAAGGUCUGAUCCACAGGCUGCAGAGGAAGCUGGCUCAGCAAGGGGUGAAGAUCUCCAUCCCCGGCCUGGAGGGGGCGACGGAGGGCCAGCUGAUCGAGGCGGAGUCUGAGAAGGGCCUGCUGCGGCUGCUGUCCGUGCUGUGCGGGCUGGAGCUGAACGGGAACCUGCGCUCGGAGCUGGAGCAGACUGUGCAGAAGGAGAGGGACUGCCUGCUGCAGGACCCCCUGCUGGGCGGCCUGCUGGACUCCCCCGCCCUGCGCCACUGCCUGGACAUCACCCUGGAGAACGCCACGCCCGGCCGGAUCAAAGUGCUGGAGGCUCUGGCCGGUGACGGACGCAUGUUCUCCCGAGCCGUCGGCCUCCUGAACAUCCAGCCCAUGCUGCGCUUGGACUACACCGCCACCGACGUCGCCGCCGACCUGCUGACCCCCCAGCAGGCCUCUCUGGAUGACCUGGGCGUCUCCGCCGGCCAGUGGGACCCCCUCAGCGGCCCCGCCCCCGGCAACAUGGGCGGAGCCGACCUGGUGAUGUGCAACUGCGCUCCCGGCCCCCUGCCCAACCCGGCCGAGGUCCUGGGGAACCUUGUCUCGGGGGUGAAGGAGGGAGGGUUUGUGCUGCUGCACACCCUGCUGAAGGGGGAUACGCUGGGCGAAACGGUGGCCUUCCUGACCGCGCAGGACCGCCAGCAGGACCUGCUGACACAGGCGGAGUGGGAGAAGGCCUUCGGUCAGGCUGCUCUCAGCGUGGUUGCCGUGAGGAGGUCCUUCUACGGCUCUGCGCUCUUCCUGUGUCGCCACAAGGCCCCCAGCAAACAGCCCAUCUUCCUCUCUGUCGAUGCAAUGGACUACCAGUGGGUGGAAACUCUCAAGUCCACCCUGGCCCAGGCCUCAGACAGCCCCCUGUGGCUCACGGCAGCUCAGGGAAACUCCGGAGUGGUGGGGAUGGUCAACUGCCUCAGGCAGGAGCCUGGCGGCAACCGGAUAAGGUGUGCGUUUGUGUCCAACCUGAGCAAGGCGUCGUCCGCCCCCUCUCUGGACCCCUCCCACAAGGACAUGCAGGCUGUCCUGGAGAAGGACCUGAGUGUGAAUGUGUACCGUGAUGGACAGUGGGGUGUCUUCAGACACCAGCUCAUUCCACAGGAGCUGAACGAGGAGCUGACGGAGCAGGCCUAUGUGAACGUGCUGACGCGUGGGGACCUGUCCUCUCUGCGCUGGAUCGUCUCUCCCCUGCGCCACUUCACCCCCAGCAACCCCAAUAUCCAGCUCUGCCGCGUCUACUACUCCUCCCUCAACUUCAGGGACAUCAUGCUGGCCACCGGCAAGCUGCCGCCCGACGCCAUUCCAGGAGACCUGGCGCUGCAGCAGUGCAUGCUGGGAAUGGAGUUCUCCGGGCGCGACCCCAGCGGGCGUCGCGUGAUGGGCCUGCUUCCCGCCAAGGGCCUGGCCACCUGCGUGGACGCUGACAAGCGCUUCCUUUGGGACGUGCCGUCCAGCUGGACUCUUGAGCAGGCCGCCUCGGUGCCGGUGGUCUAUGCCACGGCGUACUACGCCCUGGUGGUGCGCGGGCGCCUGCGUCCGGGGGAGAGCGUUCUGAUCCAUUCGGGCUCCGGCGGCGUGGGCCAGGCGGCCAUCGCCAUCGCCCUGAGCCAGCGAUGCCGCGUCUUCACUACCGUCGGCUCUGCGGAGAAGCGGGCCUACCUGCAGGAGCGUUUCCCCCAGCUGAAUGUAGAGUCUUUCUCCAACUCCAGAGAUACCAGCUUCGAGCAGCACGUGCUGCUGCACACACAGGGCAAAGGAGUGGACUUGGUGCUGAACUCUCUGGCGGAAGAGAAGCUGCAGGCCAGUCUGCGUUGCCUGGCCCGACACGGACGCUUCCUGGAGAUUGGAAAAUACGACCUUUCCAACAACUCUCCCCUCGGCAUGGCGCUCUUCCUGAAGAAUGUGGCCUUCCACGGCAUCCUGCUGGACGCCCUGUUUGAGGAGGGGAACCGCGAGUGGGAGGAGGUGUCGGAGCUGCUGAAGGGCGGGAUCUCCAGCGGCGUGGUCCAGCCCCUGCGCACCACAGUGUUCGAGAGGAACCAGGUGGAGGAGGCCUUCCGGUACAUGGCCCAGGGCAAGCACAUCGGCAAGGUCCUUCUGCAGGUGCGAGGCGAGGAGAAAGGAGCAGGCGUGCAGCCCGUGCCUCUCUCUCUUCCUGCUAUCUGCCGUACUUCCUGUCCUGCCACCCACUCUUACAUCAUCACCGGAGGCCUGGGCGGCUUUGGCCUGGAGCUCGCUCAUUGGCUGACGGAGAGGGGGGCCCGCAAACUAGUGCUGACGUCUCGCUCCGGCAUCCGCAACGGUUACCAGGCCAAGCGGGUUCGUGAGUGGCAGGGGAUGGGCGUCCAGGUCCUGGUGUCCACCAGUGACGUCACCACCAUGGAGGGAACACAGCGCCUCAUUUCUGAGGCUGCCAAACUGGGCCCCGUUGGGGGACUCUUCCACCUCGCCAUGGUCCUGAAAGACGGAAUGCUGGAGAACCUGACUCCUGAUCACUUCCUGGAUGUCAACAAACCUAAAUACAAUGGAACCAUUCACCUGGACAGGGUGACCAGGCAGCUGUGUCCGGAGCUCAGCUGCUUCGUGGUGUUCUCCUCCGUGAGCUGUGGCCGCGGGAACGCUGGCCAGAGCAACUACGGCUUCGCCAACUCCACCAUGGAGCGCAUCUGCGAGCAGAGGCGGCACGACGGCCUGCCCGGCCUGGCCGUGCAGUGGGGCGCCAUCGGCGACGUGGGCGUGGUCCUGGAGACCAUGGGCGGCAACGACGCCGUCAUCGGCGGGACGCUGCCGCAGCGCAUCGCCUCCUGCAUGGAGGUCCUGGACCGCUUCCUGAACCAGCAGCGUCCCGUCAUGUCCAGCUUCGUGCUGGCCGAAAGGGCGGCGGCCGCCAAGACCGAGGGGGCGGGGCAGAGGGACCUGGUGGAGGCAGUGGCCCACAUCCUGGGCGUGCGAGACGUCAGCAGCCUUAACGCAGACGCCUCGCUGGCGGACCUGGGCCUGGACUCCCUGAUGGGCGUGGAGGUGCGGCAGACGCUGGAGCGCGACUACGACAUCGUCAUGGCGAUGAGGGAAAUCCGCCAGCUGACCAUCAACAAGCUGCGUGACCUGUCCAGCCAACAGGGCCGCACCGAAGAGCCCAGGUCAUCGCCUCUGAAGAGGGCCAGUGCUGACGUCCUGUCCGAGUCUGACCUCAGCCUGCUGCUGGUGAACCCAGACGGCCCCACCAUCACGCGCCUGAACGAGGUGCAGAGCGCCGAGAGGCCCCUCUUCCUGGUGCACCCCAUCGAGGGCUCCAUCACGGCCUUCCGCACGCUCACCGCCAAGCUCAGCGUGCCCUGCUACGGCCUGCAGUGCACUAAAGUCGCUCCCCUGGACAGCAUACAGAGUUUGGCCUCCUACUACGUGGACUGCGUGCGCCAGGUGCAGCCGGAGGGCCCCUACCGCAUCGCGGGCUACUCCUUCGGCGCCUGCGUGGCCUUUGAAAUGUGCUCUCAGCUGCAGGCCGCCCAGAAGGCUGUGGAAUACCUCUUCCUGUUUGACGGCUCGCACUCCUACGUGGCAGCGUACACACAGAGUCACAGGGCGAAGCUCACCCCUGGCAACGAAUCUGAAGCUGAGACUCGAGCCUUGUGCGCCUUCAUCCAGCAGUUCACUGGCACAGAGUACAAGGAGCUGUUGGACAUCUUGCUGCCCCUGUCAGACCUGGAGGCCAGAGUGAAUGCGGUAGUGGACCUGAUAACCGGCAGCCACAAGAACAUGAACCGGGAGAACCUGCACUUUGCAGCCUCCACCUUCUACCACAAACUUAAGGCUGCUGACCGCUACGUACCGGCCGCCAAAUACCACGGCAACGUCACCCUCCUGCGGGCCAAGGCCAGCAGCGAUUACAGGGAAGGACUGGGUGCAGACUACCGGCUACAUGAGGUGUGUGAUGGGAAGGUAUCGGUCCAUGUGAUUGAGGGUGACCAUCGCACCUUCCUGGAGGGCGAAGGUGUGGAAUCCAUAACUGGAAUCAUUCACAGCUCACUGGCUGAGCCCCGUGUCAGUGCCAGAGAAGGUUAAAGCGCCUCCCAGUCCUGUACCGGCAUUCCUACAACCCGUACACAAAAGGCCCCGCCCCCUAACCUCGCCUCCCUCAGCACUGGACAGACUCCACAUCAUCCAGCACUGGACUGUUCCGAAACGCUUUUCACCAGCUAGACAGUGGCCUUGUCUUCAACAUCUUUAGUACAAACUUUGACAUGGUGUAAUCUGCUGUGUGCAAAAUAUAUCCCUGUAUACAUGCUGUACCAAUACAGUUUUAUGUUUUUUUUUGUUUGUUUUUUUUUGUACUGUCCUGUUUAUUUUUAUCAUGUUUUGCAUUAUAAAUAUAGUAUAGAAUGCACGAGUUACCAUGAUCUAUAAUGGCACUGUAUAAUGGCGUGUGGCAACUAAUUUUAGACAAAAAUUGAUAAUGAUAGACAUAACCUGGUGUCUGAAAGGUCUGCUAAAGGGUUUUUAAAGCUAUAUAGUAUUUGCAUAUUGAUACUUGAUAAUAUGCCAAGCUAUAGUGGGCCCUAAUGAUGCAGACCACUUCAACUUACACACUACACAGCCUAGCGUAUUACAGUGCAGAGCUACCCUGUAUAUGUCUAGAGGUGCCUGAUAACCACUGUUAAAUGUGCUGAAACUGUAGUUUAGUGAAGAGGAUACCUGUAUAAAAUGUUGCUUUUUAGUAUAAUCAGUAACGCUUUAUUAAUUACGGCAGACAUACCCUAGAUGGUGUCUUUGUAGGUGCUCUUUAAUUUCAGAGCUGAUUGCAUUGCCUUGCAAAGAUGCUGGAACUGUCUGUUAUAUCAAUAGAGUAAUUUUGACAGGAGGAAGGUACACUGAUCCAUAGUGCUGCUGGAAAUGCAUCAGCCCAGACAAACCAAAAUAUCUUUACGUUGAGCGUGUUUUAAAAAAUAUAAUUAAAACACAUGGCAUGCCAGUCAGUGCAGCGACACUUUCUGUAGUUUUGCUUGUAAUAACGUGCUUAGGAGAAAAAUGUACAUUCCUGCUAUGGAAGUUAGGGAAUUAGUUUAAAAAAACAAAAAAAAAAAAACGCCAAAUUGCUUUCUGAGAAGGUCAGUACUGAAGUACGUGUAUUCAGUUUCUUGGUAUUUGCUGGAAAAAGCUGUAUCGUUUCUUUUAAUCAUGUGGUCUGAUCUUUAGGAUGGCUGCCCCGAGUUCUGCCUAUUUCAUUCUUGCUUAAUGCUUUGUGUUUUGAAUCUGAGAACUAUUUGGUUCAAAUACUACUGUUUUAGGCCAAAUUACUGCUACAGUAUAACUACUAAAAUACUUAUCUCACCAUUUAAAUGUAUGGAAAUCUUUAUAUUGGGAUAUUCCUUCGAUACAUGAUUGUACGGAUAAUGUUCAUUCCUCAAAUAUAAGAAGUUAAGUGUUAAAAUUGGAAAAUCACCAGUACUAGGUUAUAAGAGACAAUGUGUUCCAAAUAUUUGUAUUCAUCUCCAAAUGCUAACUGGUCUAUUCUAUUUGAACUGCUGUAUUAACAAAAAUAUCAUCGUCAGAUUAAUUGGACAGAAUUCUUUGUAGAGUAUGUGUAAAUAAUAUAGGUGGAACAGGCAGUUUAUGCCAUUUGGUCCAGAAGAAAUGCAUUUAUGUGAAGACCACUAUUCCAGCCAUCACUCCCAGACCUUGAUUGAUCGACUGGAGAAUGCAAAAGGAGACCGAUUCAGCCAGCAACAGUCUGAUCUGAUUUCUGAGACUCAAUCGAGUCAGUGAAGAAUCUGAUUUCUACUUUAAGUGUCAUUGUUUGCAGUGUUAAGGAAGAGAAACAAUUGAGUGUUCCUCUGUUUUUUAUCAUUAUUGUUCUUUUUUUAAUUCAAUGCAGUAAUUUUCAAGUAUUUAUUGUACUAGUCCAAAUAAAUAGCUAUCACUAAA